AUGGUAUGUGAUAAAUGUGAAAAGAAAUUGGGCCGUGUCAUAACACCUGAUCCAUGGAAAACCGGUGCACGGAACACUGUAGAAUCUGGCGGCAGAAAAGUUGGUGAAAAUAAAGCUCUUACUGCAAAAAAGGGUCGAUAUAAUCCCUAUACAUCAAAGUUUUAUGAGUGCAAGAUAUGCCGCACCAAAGUUCACCAAGUUGGAUCUCACUAUUGUCAAGCUUGUGCAUAUAAAAAAGGAAUUUGUGCAAUGUGUGGAAAGAAAAUAUUAGAUACAUCAAAUUAUAGACAAAGCUCUACA